UCUUUAUACAGCAGAGACGGCGUGUCUGAGACGCAGAAACUCAGAGACAGUGAGACAGAGACACAGAGAAACUCAGAGACAGUGUCAUCAUGCCUGGAGUCCUGCUCGGAGACGUCUUUCCUAACUUUGAAGCGGACACGACAAUUGGCAAGAUCAAAUUUCACGAAUUCUUGGGAGACUCAUGGGGAAUCCUGUUCUCUCACCCACGUGACUUCACCCCUGUGUGCACCACCGAGUUAGCGUGCGCUGCUAGGCUCAGCGAUGAGUUUAAGAAGCGAGGUGUGAAGAUGAUUGCUCUGUCUAUAGACAGUGUGGCGGAUCACUGUGCCUGGAGUAAGGAUGUGGUGUCUCUUCACUCGGAAACAGCAAGCAGUCCUCUACCAUUUCCUAUCAUAGCAGACAAUAAGAGGGAGCUCUCGGUUCUUCUGGGAAUGCUGGACCCUGAUGAGAGGGACAAAGAUGGCAUGCCCCUCACCGCCCGCUGUGUGUUCGUUGUUGGGCCUGAUAAGAGGCUAAAGCUGUCCAUACUUUAUCCUGCCACCACAGGGCGCAAUUUCACCGAAAUCCUUCGAGCCAUCGACUCCCUGCAGCUGACUGCAAACAAAAAGGUGGCUACACCAGUGGACUGGAAGCUUGGCGAAGAAGUGAUGGUCAUCCCGUCUCUAUCAGACGAAGAGGCCAAGAAGCUUUUUCCUGCUGGAUUCACAACCAAAGAACUGCCUUCUGGGAAGAAGUACCUUCGUUAUACCCCACAGCCAUAAACAAACAGCAGCAGGCAUUUCAUAAUUUCAGAAAAUAGUAGGCAAAGCACUUAUUUUUCAAACUUUCCACUACAAUAUGUGGAUGAAUUUUUUUUUUUUUUUUUCUUCUUGCCUAAUUUAGUCAGCUAAACAUUAUUGCAUUGUAUAGCUCACUAUCUAUCUGGCACGCAUCAAAGAAAAUGUGGCGAUAAUUUAAAGAGACAAUGUGAAUUGUACCUCAAUCUAAAAUAUAGUGCCUUACAAUAAAGAAUACUUUUGGCAAAAA